AUGAGUGUUAUCGCGAGGAAUCCUUUAAAGAACGUGGAUUUAUUGGAAACGUUUACUAUUGAAAACGAGCUUAUUGUUGUUCGCGUGCCGGAUUGGCUUGGUGUUCUUCAAUCCGGGAGAGAGUUUAUUACUUCACUGCGCCGUGCUCGACAAUCGCGUCCAAAUUUUGCUCCUCGACUUAUUGUAGAACUUAAUGAUGUUUAUAAUUGGGUGCUCCGGGACUUUGAUGGACGCACUGGAUCACCGAUCCGUGUGGCACCAGCACAGGAAGUGAUGGAUCAUGAGCCAGGCGAUGUAGAUGAGGAAGGCGUCGAAGUAAAGGAGAGUGACAUAGAGGUUCCGAGACCAACUGCACCAAUUUUGACAGGCGGGUUUGGACAUUCGAAUCGUUCUACAAAUAUUCCUUUUGUUUCGUCAACACCAAAACUUUCAACUACAAAUAAUAAUACGAACGAUUUUGGAGACUUGUUGGAUGACGGGAAGAAAGUACAUCCAACUGAUGGGGGAUUUGGACGUUCCCGACACAAAGCUCGUCCAUUUGGUCAGGUUUCACGUCCCGUGGUUAACAAUGAACAUUCAGCGGACAAUGAACGUUCACAAUCGAAUAUAAGUGAGGAAGCUAAAGAGAAUGAUAUGACACAUGAUGUGGCCCAACCACCAACUUCCGUUAAUUCUACUAGGGGAUCUUUUGGUGGUAGCCGACGUGGUGCGAAGCCUCGACCGCAGUUUUCACGCGCUUCACCCAACCCACCUUCGAGACCUCAUUCUCAACAGGAAGGCAAGACAACUCAACAACGAUCUUCACCCAUCUCAUCACGCCAUAACGGCACAUUCCUGGAUCAAUGCAACAAGCGUUCUGGCGGAAUCGAGAAGAAGAACUUGAGCGGUGUCGUCGUCGCAAAAGCAACCAGCAAUAAUCGUAGCAAAAAUGGAAUAAUAAUUUAUUCGCCCGUUUUUCCGGAAGGUGAGAUUUCUGUCCCUGUGUCCUUGUGUGGCGAUUUGCGUGUUGGAAGUUGGGUCAAGUUCAAUGCAACUAUUAUGGGUGAAAAGAUCACCACUACGGAUUUUGAAGUAGAGAAAACACCACCUUUUGAGACUAAAGCAUGUGGAAAUACUGUUAAGAUCAAGCUCAAUGCAUAUGUUCCGAAGAGAUGGUACCCGCGCAUGUCAACGUUCGUUCCAAUAGUUGAGACUGAUUUUGUUAAGGUUGUCGAUAGCAAAGGCCUAUUUGAUGAGACGUGUGCUAACCAGCAGUUGACAGUUUGGAUUGAGAGGACACUCGAAGGAAACUCGCAAUACAAUAUUUUUUGGCAUGUUGACCAGAUCGAUGAGUAAAUAAUGGAUAUCAGUAUUGUUUUUUGGCUUUUAAACAUAUUAGGUUGUAACGUUUAACAUUUUUCUUAACUAACCUUUGCCUUAGUUUUGUAAUUUUCCAAAUGGAUAAAAUUCUUAUAAAUUUAAACUGUUACAACCGAAAGUUAUGAACAUUUGAAUACAAUUUUUUGGGUUUAUUCAAUUAAAUAUUUAUCGUACGGUAUAAAAAUGAUCAAUCUUAUUAAUUUAACUGGACCGGUUAGGCGAUCAUGUCUUAUUUUCUGGCGUGUUGAUAUAUAUAUCAAAUUAAAAUUUUUAACAUCAAAUUUCCAACACUGAACGUAAUCAAUCUAAUCUCGAUAAUUCCAAUACUAUUAAACUCACA